AUGAGUGCGGCGUCGUUGAAAAAGAAAUUAACGGGGAGUUUACAGAAACUAAAUCUCGACGCGCGGAUACAGCUCAUGUCUGGCCAGCUCAACAGACUGACGGGCUACGAGCGUAUCGAGAAACUCAAAGCAGUGGUUAUUGAUGCCGAGCAGGCGAUAAAGCAUUCGCGGGGAAUGCUUGUUGAUAGCAAGCAAGAGUAUGGCAAAUAUACAGAGAUGCGUAGAUCGUCGCAGAAGCAAGUGAAUGAUUUGCUGUCAAACAAAUCCAGUUGGGGGGAUGUAGAGCUCAAUAGAUUCACGCAGCUCGUCAAGAGCGAUCAUAGCAUUGAGAAGCUCGAGAAGGAGUACUCGGGCAAGGUGGAGGAGUACGAGCGGUUGGUUGAUCGCGGCUUUGAGAAGCUCCUCAAGAGCAUCCUCGAACGCUACCACGAGGAGCAGAUAUGGUCAGAUAAAAUAAGAUCGGUAUCGAGCAACUACACUCUCAUGGCUCUUUCUGUAAACGUCCUCGUCUUCCUCACCGCUAUCGUCUUUGUCGAGCCUUGGAAACGGUCCAAAAUGCUCAAAGAGCUGGAAAUAAACCUCGAUCAAGACCAGAUCAGACUGCUGGGCGAGAUUGAUAGCAUGCGAGAUGAUAUACGCAGCCUUAAACCGAUCCCCGCCAUGUCUUCUUCCCUUGUACCUCCACCGCCAUCACCCCCAACGACCGUGGAUAGCGCUAUUAUCACCAACAAUCCCUUCGCCAGCCUCUCUCUGGGUAUCGUUAUUGGAAUCUCCAGUUUCUAUUGUUUAUGUUGA